GCAAACGGAAGUACUGGUGUGCAAACCUCUGCUAAAUUGUCUGCCACCCCAAAAUUGCGACAAAAAAACUAUGCCUCGCCAGAUUGCGGAGCGAAAAUAUUGGAUGCCAACAGCGAAGCUGAACACACGUCUGCCAUUUUGGACCCGUCUAGAGAUGAAUAUUUUUUAAGUAUCUGCUCGGCGAAAAUUUGGUUCGUGAUUGAAUUAUGUGAAGCCAUUCAAGCUCUAAGGGUGGGCAUUGCCAAUUUCGAGUUAUUUUCAUCCUCGCCGAAGGAUUUCCGCGUUUACAUUAGCGACCGUUAUCCAACUCGGGAUUGGGCUUUGAUUGGUCUGUUCACCGCCGCUGAUGAGAGGUCCAUUCAAAGUUUCACACUGGAAAGGCAGCUCUUUGGCAAGUUCGUUAAGGUGGAAUUGGUCAGUCACUAUGGCAAGGAACAUUUUUGUCCCAUCUCACUUUUUCACGUCUACGGUAACAGCGAAUACGAGGUGCUAGACAAUGAAGAAGAUUCCCGGACGGGAUCAAUUUCACACCGUCAAGAAGAGGAUUCAACAGAGGAAGAAAUGCUUUUUGAUUUGCAAAAAAAAUAACAGCAACACCGAUGUCGUCGUGGAAGGAAGAAAUUUAUUUGGGAGUGCCAAAGAUGCUGUCAUCAACAUAGUGAAGAAAGCAGCCGAAGUCCUUACCAAGAGUCCUGCUCCGCAAAGUGUGAUGGUGACCGUUAACGAAACAGAUAAUAACGAAGCGAUACACCCGACUGUUUGCUACACAGCAGUCGAGCCGGUCAAUGUGUCACGAGCUUUCAACGGAUCUCUCAGCUGCGAAUGGAAAGAAUUGAAAUUUCUUGCCUCACUGCCUUGGCUUCACUCUUCGUUGCUCCUCCAAUGUCAGAAAGAGUCGUUUGAUCAAACAUUUUCUUCGGUAGAAUUGGCUUCGCUGAAUCCAUAUGGACUCGGUUGACUAUUCAAGCUCUUUGCCACUGGAUCUUGCCAGAAGACCCGCACAUUCCAGCUUCAUUGGAAUCAGUCUCACCCUCAAUUGUGGAGUUGGAUGUGCCUGAAAAUGUAAAUCCGUGUACUGAAGCUCAACAGGUCGGUGAAGUGGAAUCCAUCGCUGCUGAGCAGCCCAGUGCUGAACAGACUGAACUCGAAAAUUUGGAGCAGUUAUUUUCUGAAGAAAUGGGAACAGUAGCGACGUCGUCGGAUGACCUACCAAUCGGAAUGGAGACCAUUAUCCCAAAUGAUGGCUUCUUAAUUGAGCCUUCGAAGCCCAUUGCCUCCCACAACGCAGCCACCCGCAACGCAGCCCCCCACAACAGCAACAACAAGAGCAACAUCAACAGUAUGAUCAACAGCAGCCCCAGGAGCAAACAGAUACAGCAACAACAACAUCGUCAGCAGCAGACACAGAAGGAAUCGGUGUUUGUCCGGCUUUCCAACAGGAUUAAAGUGCUGGAGCGCAACAUGUCGUUAUCCGGCCAAUAUUUGGAAGAGCUUAGCCGUCGGUACAAACGCCAAGUAGACGAUAUGCAAAAAUCGUUAAAUCGUACUCUACAGACUUUGAACGACACGUUGCAGCGAAUGAGCACGCAAGAAGAGCGUUAUCAAGUCGUACUAAGUCAACUUCAUGGGGAUAUGGCCGAAUUAAAAACCUCGGCGUACAAACUGGCAGAGGAGAAUCUGGUCCUUCGAGCUCAAACAAUUGAACAGCACUUGUUUCUUAUGGUGGUUGAGGUGAUUGUCAUAGCAGUAUUGGUCGUCUUCCUUCUACGUAAUUUUACGCGGCCACAAUUUAAUCAGCCACCCGAUCCUCGUCAUUCUCCGACUAACCGACAAAAAGAGCACCAGCCAGCUUCAUUAGAUUUCCGGCUCGAGGUCGGUCAGAAGGUUGAAGAAGUCGAGAUGGUCAAAACAACUUUGCCCGUGUCCCUGAAUAUGUCAGAAAAGGCCUUGCAGCCAUACAAGACGAAAACUCAGGUUAGUCCAACACCCAGUCUUGCCGACAGCUCGAGCUCCGGAUGCGAGUCAGCUUUCAGUUUCCCAAAUUCAAAUUGUACAACAACGAGUCGCGAUCCAAGUCCAGUUGAUGGUAACAGAGCUAGGGGCAAAUCGAGCAAGAGUGGUAGCAAGAAACAGCAAAAGAAAAGGAGACAUGAAGUCUUAAUAAUGUCCUCCCCAACGACAAAGCAUCCAUCUACCACUCGAAAGAUGCCAGGUCAACUAUACACCCCCCAAAAAUUCGCCUGAAAUCCGACAAUUGGGAAUGGCACUCUCGAGCUAAAAUCCUUGCAGCCCAAUUUAUUAAAGAAAACUACUAAACGAGUGGAAUGCGAAGUAGCUUUUAAAAGAAAGGAGCGCAGAAUCAUAAAAAAAGAAUAAGAAUCUGUAUAGACGGAAUCGAAAAAUUCCUAUGACCCUUACUUUUUUUUUGUACAUUUCUUAUUGAAGAAAAAGGGACAUUUGUUGUAUUUUUCUAGAUUGCUGAUAGUUGAUUGAUUAAAAUGUUGACAGGGAAAAGGCCU